UUACUCGCCCACGGUCAAUUCUCUCCUCCCCCUACUCCCCCCACCCCACCGAGUAACCGCUGCAAUGGCUGCUUCCAGGCUCCUCCGCCCGGCGUCGCGCCUGGUGUCCGCCCCGAGGCCCGCCUUCCGCCCUGCCUUCCGCGCCGCCGCCCUGACACCGUCGAUUGCGCGGAGAGGCUAUGCGUCGGGCACCAAGGAGAUGACGGUGCGCGAGGCGCUCAACGAGGCCAUGGCCGAGGAGAUGGAGGCGAACGACAAGGUCUUCGUGCUGGGAGAGGAGGUCGCGCAAUACAACGGAGCAUACAAGGUCACCAAGGGCCUGCUCGACCGCUUCGGCGAGAAGAGGGUCAUCGACAGUCCCAUCACCGAGUCUGGCUUCGCCGGCCUGACGGUCGGUGCUGCCCUCGCCGGCCUGCACCCCAUCUGCGAGUUCAUGACGUUCAACUUCGCCAUGCAGGCCAUUGACCAGAUCAUCAACUCGGCCGCAAAGACACACUACAUGUCCGGUGGCAUCCAGCCCUGCAACAUCACCUUCCGCGGCCCCAACGGUUUCGCCAUGGGUGUCGCCGCCCAGCACUCGCAGGACUACAGCGCCUGGUACGGCAGCAUUCCCGGACUGAAAGUCGUUGCGCCCUACAGCGCAGAGGACGCAAAGGGUCUGAUGAAGGCUGCUAUCCGCGACCCCAACCCCGUUGUCGUCUUGGAGAACGAGCUUCUGUACGGUCUCUCCUUCCCCAUGAGCGAAGAAGCCCAGCGAGACGACUUCGUCAUCCCCUUCGGCAAAGCCAAGAUCGAGCGCCCAGGCAAGGACCUCACCAUCGUCACCCUCUCCCGCUGCGUCGGCCAAUCGCUCGUCGCCGCCGAACAACUAAAAUCAAAGUACGGCAUCGAGGCAGAAGUCCUCAACCUGCGCUCCGUCAAGCCCCUCGACGUCGAGGCUAUUGUCAAGAGCGUCAAGAAGACGGGACACAUGCUCUGCGUCGAAUCUGGUUUCCCAUCCUUCGGCGUCGGCGCGGAAAUCAUGGCCUUGACUUGCGAGUAUGCGUUUGACUUUUUGGAGGCCCCGCCUGCGCGUGUCACGGGUGCGGAGGUGCCUACGCCGUAUGCGCAGAAGCUUGAGGAGAUGGCGUUCCCUACUGAGAAUCUGAUUGUGGAUUAUGCGGCGAAAUUGCUGAGGGUGGCUUGAAUAUGAUGGGGUUGGAUGUGUGAGGGUUAGGGAUGUGGAGACUUGACGUGGGGAGUUGGAGAUGUAUGUAUGUAUGCUUAGAUCGAGGGUUCUUGGGGAUCGGGACAACGUGGUGUAUCAACGAUUGCAUUUCUUGAUGCGAUGCAAUGGGCGAUUGAUGAGGAAGGAAC